AACAGAGCACACACCACCCCACAUAGAAGAGAACUGACUGACCAACCAAUGCUGGAUGCUGCAUCGCGCAAACCAGAGAUAUGGUCAGGAGCUCAACCGUCAGUGGCUUGAAGGACCCAUACCUAACCACCAGUUGAGGAUGUUAAGAUGCCCAUCUACGGCCUGCCUUCUACUCUGCUCUAUCUCUCCCUCUGGCCCCUGUGGAGCUUUAUGAUGCCAGUCCUUUGCCACCCCCACCACAGCCACCACUGGGCCAGCUGCUGCACACUGACUCAAAAGACUGCUCUCUGUAGUAAAAGUGGGUGUUCAUCUGUACCUCAAGACCUACCUGACAACAUAGAGGAACUCCACCUGAACCACAACUACAUAGAAACUCUACAGGACUACUCCCUCUCCCGCUACACUUCCCUACGUACUCUAAGUUGUGCAGACAACCGCUUGGAGAUCUUGGGCUCAAAGGUCUUCCAGAACUCACCCCAACUUGAGAGCCUCAAUCUAGCUGCCAAUAAACUUCACAUUAGCUACCAGCAAAGUAGUCUGGCACUGGCAACAGUGUCUAGACUCAAGGUUUUGGAUCUGUCAGAAAACCAGCUGACGGACGAAAUGGUCACCAUCCUCCUCCAGAACCUGACGUCCCUAGAGUACCUUAACCUCUCCAGGAACGUGAUGCAGAGGCUGGAUGAAACCUCCUUCAAUGGCCUCCACCAGCUCAGGGAGCUGGACCUGCAGAGGAACAUACUGUUUGAGAUCGACCACGCCUUUGACCACCUAUACAAGCUUCAGAGACUUAACCUGGCCUACAACUACCUGUCUUGCCUUGUAGACUUCCACAUGACCCAGCUGGUGGUUCUGAACGCCAGUCACAAUGCCAUUGAGUGGUUCAUAGCCAACCAGGACAUCCAGGAAACCUUCCAGCUAGAGACUUUAGAUCUCACGGACAACAACAUCUUCUUCUUCCCCUUCUUGCCCACCCACAGCCGACUUAGGAACCUACAUCUGUCCCAGAACACGGUGAGCUUCUACGAACACCUGGCAGACAACGCUUCCUACCCCAGCUGGACCACCAGCGUCCAGUUCUACAACCUAAAGGGCAAUGUGAGCAAUGUCACUGCUCAGCUGUGGGACGAGAGUCUGCAUGGGCACAUCUCCUCUCUAGAAGUGUUGGAUCUGAGUGUUAAUCAGGUGGGCUACUUCCCUCAGGGGUUCAUCAGUAAAAUGCCAAACCUGGCCAGACUCAGGAUGCAGACAAACUGCCUCAAGGUCUUGAAUUUGACUCAGGAAAAGCUGCCCAGCACAUUGUAUGAGUUGGAUGUGAGCAAUAAUAUGUUGGAAGAGGUCCAUGCUGACCAAGAUCAUUUGAGGGAGCUAGCCAACCUGAGCUACCUUAACCUGAGCCAGAAUUACCUGCAGAGUCUACCUUCUAGGCUGUUCUCCUCCCUCACCAGCCUUAGCUCUGUAGAUAUCAGCUUCAACAGAAUUGGCAUAUGCCUCCUUCAGGAUAUAGGCAGGACCAGGAGAAAGGUGGGACCAUGGAGUGACCAAUCAGACUGUCUUGUUUGGAGAAACAUCAACUCUCUUAAACAUCUCCACCUAUCAGGGUGCAACCUUGGGAAGGUGCCAUGGUCAGCAUUCAUAGGGACACCCCUUACACACCUUGAGCUGUCCAACAACCCAGAACUCAUUAUCGAGCCCAGAUCAGUAGCAGAACUCAGCAGAACUUUACACUAUCUAGGAUUAGGAAACACAGGCCUGAGAGACUUUGACUUUUCUUCGUUCAAACACUUGAAGUCUUUGAACAUUGCAAGAAACUCUCUUACUCAGCUUCCUGCUUCACUGCUAACGUUGGAACUCAGGCUGCUGGACUUGCGGGAAAACAAACUGACCACAGUACCCUCGGGACAGGCUAGAAAAUUAGCCUUAAAACUCAAGACAGUUUUUCUUAGUGGAAACACUUUUAACUGCUGUCAAUUGGACUGGUACAGAAUGUUUGAGAAGGCGGAAGCCAUGAACAUCAUGGACCUUUCAGAUAUUUCAUGUCAGGAUCGUACAAAAAGGACACACAGAGUGGUGCUUUUAGACUCUCUAAUAUGUGAUGGAAGUGAGGAAGAGUCUGUGUACUGGUACAUCUUGCUGGUUCUUGUACCUGUACUUUGCCUGUUUGGGAUUUCUGCAAUCUUUGUGCUGACCUUCAGGCCCAGACUGCUUCCUAAGACCAUUAAAAAGAAAUGCUGGAAGCCCACUUCAUACUGAACCUAUAAGUACUUUCAUGUACAUGGAAAAAAGGCAAAUGUGAAGUCGUGUUACAUUUGUGUAAUGUUGUGUGCAUAUUAAUACAAUUCAAAGGAGGAAAUAAAAGGUUCUUUACAAAAUAAUUGAGUUUAGGUCAGUAAUGAAAUGUUUCUCAUAUUUAUAAACCAUGAAACAGAGCCCCAUGGUGUGAAGUUGUGUUAGCCACUGCAUUGUGCAUGUAUGUAAAUGAAUAUUUUCUAGGAAGCAGAAUGGCUUGGGCACAUGUAUAAGGGAGAAUGUCUUUAUCUUUGACUGUUGUGGCGAUGAGACAUGGCCAUAAUAAUGAAUUGGACAUUAAUAAAAAAUUGUGAAAAAAUAACAUAAGACAACCAUAUCCUGUUAAAAUUUACCAGAUGUGAUAAAAUUGUUCUUGUUAUAACGUUAAAAUGUUAGAAUGUUAGAAUGUCUCAUCCACGCGCUGGAUCUUGUUUCCUUGUUAUACGAUAGGGCAAUGUGUUCACUGUGCCUGCUUCUGGUGGUCUAAAGUGAGAAUGUGGCUAUAUUCAUUGUGUUUUGUGGGGUGUUGGUGUGUCCGCGUAUGUAUAUGUAUGUGUUUGUGAGCCUGCUGUGUGUUGUUUGCGCAGACGUCUUGUGAUGAAAACUGUUGCUAUAACCGGCAGAGGAAACAUGAAAUUUCCUGUUUUGUUGUGCAGCAACUGCCCAGUCAAAUACCACAGAAAGGAAGAGUUGGUGGUUUUAACAAGUCAUUCACUAUGUAAGUUGCAGCUUUGGCCAGUGAGACCGCAUAUAGGUUGAUCUCCAGUAUCCACUAAUUUUCCUUUGGGUGGUAGAAUGUUAGUAUGAAAGUGGGCUGGAACAAACCUGCCUAUGUCAUGGUGGUCCUACAUACAGAUCUAUUUUCAGUUACACUGGUUAUAUAUUUACUUACUGAGUUUAAAAAUGAAUGUCACUAUGCUCCAUGAACAAUUGUUCAUGUGAGCACAAUCAACAUACAAUACCUGGUGAAAGAAAACUUUGAAGAAGAUGUUUGGUGAGUCAUGGAUCAACUGAAGCCAAUCUAACAAAGAACAGCCUACAGGAUAACUGCCCCAGAACAUACAGCUCUGGAAAAAAUUAAGAGACCACUGCCCCUUUUUAUUUCCUUUUCAAAAAAAAUUCAGA